AUGGGUAACUCGCAGACAAAGAUUGCCGACUCUGACGACGGCAACGAUAAAGUGCCAGCGUGCACAGCGCCAGUCCGCCACUGGGAGGGCAGCAACUACACAAAGGACUCUGUGACAAGCAAAAGCAGCCAUGUGAUGCCAGCCCCGACACCGACACCAACAUCAGCUCACGGCCGCUCCAUGUCUGUCAUGCCAGACUCAACGCCUACCCUCGUCCUAACAGAGCGCUCGGGCACCAUGGUGCACCAGCGCGCAGCCAGCGGAAGUGGCUCGGUCACAGCCGUCUCUGUCAAGGCCGACCCACCACAGCGUCGUGCCCUUGGUCUUGUGCGCAAAAUCUCGUUCCGCUCGCGCCCAGAUCGCGCCACCCCUACUACUCGCGCACCUGCGCCUGUGAGGGCAUCAUCUGCGGAUGACGCCGAGCUGCUUGCCACAAAGGACGACGAACUGGGGACAGCGCCUCCACCCAAGCUCACCAUUUCGACCAGCCACAGUUCCGCUCUCACACGAGCUGCCUCUGUUGGCCAUGCCACCCAGCCAGCCCGCCCGUUGCGCUCGACUCGCCGUUCAGCACAGAUCGCUUUUGGUACCGGGGAGAGCCCAGCAGCCACUCCUGCAAAGGCGACUGCAAAGGAACAAGGACCCUCAACCCCGACGCGCCCUGCCAACCGCACUCUUGUCCCGCGCUCACCAACGAUAGGCCCUAUAUCCCCUCGUCGGUCAUCUCCGGGCAGCCCGCACCGCCAGUCAACGGCCACAGCACGUCGCGCAGAGCGCGAGUGGAAGGCCAAGCUCGCGGCCCUUACCGCUGGGCCUCCCAGCCCCGGGCGGUCGCGGCAGUCGAACGGUCCUCGGCCACCACCACGCCGUGUCCCUCUCUCCGCUCCGCGCAGCCUGGGUUCUACAGACGGCCUCUCUGGCCGUAUGGCCCAGUCCCUCUCCCUCUCUCAUCUGUCUUCCCUCGACGACACUGACUUGCGAAUCCCGUUUACGUCGUGUCCGCCGCCUAACGCCCUCGACAGUAUCAGCGAGUUCCCCGCGAUCGACCACCCCGGCUCCGCCUUCACCGCACCCUCGACCGUCUUCACCGGCGUGUCUGGCAUGAGCAAGUCGGCUUCGACCACAACGAUCUCGCGCCCCAGCAAGCGUAGUCCGGGGUCGUCGGUCGUCGCGCUCCCAGGUGUGCCAGAGUAUGAGCGCACACCGCUCUCACCCAUCGAGCAGGAGCCCGUGUCGCCCCCUGGGCCCAUGACGCCGGCCGCGCGCGCUGGCCGCGCGCUGCCACCGUUCCAUCACACGCACGCCCAUCAUUCCCCAGCCCCGUCGAUCGCCAAGAGCUUGGCCCCAAGCACGAAGACUUUUGGGCCUGGGCCCUCGCCGAUCCCGAUGCCGCGUCCGCUCGACUGGACGCCCGAUGAUCGCAUCAUCGUCUCGCGCUCUUCCGUGCCCGACUUUGCACGCGUAUCGUCUCCACCUCCCGUCCCAAGCCUGCCACCCGGUUUGCGACUGGCUGAGAAGACUCCACCCGCGCCGGCACCAUCAUGCGCACCGUCACCGAUGCUCAAGCAGCCAAUAGUACCUCCGCGUCGCUCUGAGAGCCGCCGCAUCCCCGAAACCAAGCCGGUUGAGCCUGUGGUCAUCAACGCUACGCCGAGUCACCGCCUCGCCCAGCUCCGCCGGAUCGAGACCAACUCGCCCAGCUCCGCCGGAUCGAGACCAACUCGCCAGAGCCGCUCCCGCGCACGACGAGCCUGA